AUGAGUGCAACGGACUCAGCGCCCAUCACACCUGCUACCGAGGAGAUACCCCGCUCGGGACCUCCACCCCCAGCAACCCCACCGGAGAGCCACGACACCGUCCCCGCCAUCGACGAUAGCGAUGCGUACGCCUACUGGGGCUACCUCUUCAAGCCCGACAAGACCGGCACCGAUCGCUUCAAGUCACUCCUCCGUGGCCUGAAACAGGUCAUUAACACUCACUUCAACUCCGCCGCCGACCAUGGCGCCAGCUCCCUCGACCAGCAAUCUGACCUGACCCCGGACCAGAUCGCCCACUUCUACCGGGAGUUGCAUGGCAACUAUGACCAGCUCUUCCUCGGCACGCCAAGUGAUAGCAUCUCCUUCAUUUACAAGUCGCUAGGAUGUCUACACAGUCUGCAACCGCAAAACUUCAGCCAUGGAACAGCUUUCACAGACCCGACUGUGCCGGCGCUGAAGACGGAGGGCUGGAUCAUGUGGCAGACGAUCCAGCUAUUGCUGGGCCCAGACGAGCAUAGCCAGUUCAUGAUGGAGGCGGUGCAGAAGUGGGAUGUCAAGGACAUCGAUACUGGCGAUACGUUUCCGAAGGUGCUGCCGAGACGGUGCUUCCCGAUGGAACCGGAUAAGCACAUGGUGGCUUGGUAUGAGGGUGUCAGUGAACGUCUGAGGAAGGAGGCGGAAGAGGAAGAGAGGAUGCGCGAGAUUGAGGCGGAGAAGGCGGACCAGAGGAGGUUGACCGAUGAUGAGGGCAGUGUGGACAGUCAUGGGCCGGCGUUGGCUUAUUUCCGCAACCCGCUAUUCAGGCAUGUAGAUGGCAGGCCGAGCAUUGUAAGACGAAACAGUAAGCGGCCUGCGAUCAGUCCAAGGCCGACUACUAUGAUGGAUAAAGGCAAGGAAGCUGCGAUAUCGGCGGGUAAUGUUAUACGCAACAUCGGCAGCCCGCAUUUGUGGGACGGUAAA